UGAAAUCAAGAGGAUGUUUUUGUUUUCCUGUUAUAUUACAAUAACAACGCAAGAUAAUUUACAAAAGAGACUACAAGGAGAAUUAGACAAGGAAUAUAAACAACAAAAACACAAAGGAGUGAUACGUGUUGACAAAUUAGUUAAAAAACAAGUGCUUCACAAUGUCUGGAUACAAAACAAAAGAAAAACAAUUCUAGAAAGACACGCCAACGUACAUGAAAAGCCGAAUAUCAGGUGGUUUGAGCAAAACAUGAACUUGGAUUUUCCUACCAGUAACCAUCUACACCACCCUUUUCAUAUCCGCCGAGCCCCUAUUCCUACCAUAGGCAUGCCUUGGCCGAGACCGCAGACUUUUGAAACAUCUGAUACAAAACUGUAUAAAAUCAGGAAACUUUCUGUGAAAGCAAAUUUUUCUAACUGUCAUAUAUUGCAAAAAGCAGUACAAAGAUACAUGAAUAUAUUUUUCACCUGUAGUAAUGUUCAAUUUACAAACAAUUUAUUGCACUUGAAAAAUUCCAAUUUUGGUUUUUCAAUGCAAAAACCAAGUUACGAAUACCUAACGUCCUUAGAAGAGUUAACAAAACUUACUUUUGAUGUUGAGAGGUGUUCGGAUUAUCCAACCUUAUCGUCCGACGAGUCCUACACAUUAAGAACAUCUAACGGUGAAAUCAGGAUAGAAGCAAAAGAUGUCUGGGGUACACUACGAGCUCUGGAAACGUUAAGUCAGCUUAUCAUCUGCAUCAACAACACGUUUAUUAUUAGGAAAACUAGGAUCGUAGACUUUCCAAGGUUUCCACAUAGAGGAGUAUUAAUUGAUUCAGCAAGACACUUCAUGAGUAAAACAACGAUAUUUCAAAUGCUGAGUGCCAUGGAGAUGAACAAAAUGAAUGUCCUUCACUGGCAUCUCUCUGACGACCAGUCCUUCCCUUACAGGAGCCGAACUUUUCCUGAUCUUAGCGGAAAGGGAGCUUAUCAUCCUUCCUUGACUUAUACCCAGGAGGAUGUGAAAGAAAUAAUAGAGUUCGCCAGAAUUCGGGGAUCCGGAUUAUUCCGGAAUUUGAUACACCAGGUGGGGAGGUACCUAGUCUACAUAACUCGUUAA